UAAAUCACUAACUGGUCAGAGAGCAAAGAUUACCAGGGAGUCUGAGGGACACGAGUGACACUGGCACAGCCGAAAGGUAGCCAGAAAUCCAGCCACAAAGUGCUUUCACUGGGGGAAAAGCAAGCAAGAGAUAUCAAAAGGCACACAUAAAACUGAACUGCACCUAUGUCUAUGGCAGCAAAAGCAGGAAGCAUGAAUGUAACAUUAGGAUCCAAGCUGAGCACUAUACGGAGUAAAAGAGUGGUCAUUGACAAAACUAUAACUUCUGCUGAUAUCAUCAUCACUGAUGGCAAGAUCAGUAAUAUUCUACCUUGGGGAAAGUCAAGCGGAUCACAGCUGCUGGAUGUUGGGGAACUUGUUGUCAUGGCUGGCAUCAUAGAUUCACACGUUCAUGUCAAUGAGCCAGGGCGCACUGCCUGGGAGGGCUACAGGAGUGCCACACAGUCAGCCGCUGCUGGAGGAAUUACAACCAUUGUGGAUAUGCCCCUGAACAGUCUUCCACCUACCACAACUGUGAGCAAUUUCCACACCAAACUUCAGGCUGCCCGAGGACAAUGCUAUGUGGAUGUGGCAUUUUGGGGAGGAGUCAUUCCUCAUAAUCAGGUGGAGCUGAUACCUAUGUUACAGGCUGGAGUUGGGUUUAAGUGCUUCCUUAUAAACAGUGUUCCAGAAUUCCCUCAUGUCAGAUUAAUGGAUCUACACUCAGCUAUGUCUGAACUUCAGGGGACCAGAAGUGUUUUACUGUUUCAUGCUGAACUUGAAGAUACAAAAAGUGUCCCAGUCACUGGAGAUCCUACGCAGUAUGAAAUGUUUUUGACCUCACGUCCAGAUCACAUGGAAGUUGCUGCGGUUGAGAUGGUGGCUGAUCUCUGCCUACAGUACAAAGUCCGCUGCCACAUUGUGCACCUCUCAUCGGCACAAUCGCUCCCCAUUAUCAGAAAGGCAAAAAAAGCAGGGGCACCUAUCACUGUUGAGACAACUCAUCAUUACCUGACCCUCAGCGCUGAAAACAUACCCCCCGGAGCUACAUAUUACAAGUGCUGCCCACCUGUGAGAGGACAUAGCAAUAAGGAGGCACUAUGGAAUGCACUUCUGCAGGGCAACAUAGACAUGGUUGUAUCUGAUCACUCACCGUGUACUCCAGACCUCAAGCAUUUACAUGAUGGAGAUUUCCAGAAGGCCUGGGGAGGCAUUUCAUCCCUACAAUUUGGGCUGUCACUUUUUUGGACCUCAGCAAGGAUCCGAGGGUUUUCAUUGCCAGAUGUAUCUCGCUUGUUGAGCAGCAACCCAGCCAAAUUAUGUAGCCUGGAAAAUCGCAAGGGAGCCAUUAAAAUAGGGUGCGAUGCUGACCUGGUCAUCUGGGAUCCUGAUAGUGAGUUUCAGGUGCAAGAGAAGAAAAUUCAUCAUAAGAACAAGCUCACCCCCUAUCUGGGAUUCCUUCUUUGGGGAGAAGUUGUGGCAACUGUUAUUCAGGGGACUCUGGUCUAUACAAAAGGAAAGCAUGUCCUCCAACCUACAGGAGAGCUGAUUCUCAUUCGCACUAUGGACCCGCCUGAACCUGAUGCUCCCUAUUACUGAAUAUCCAAACUCUCUAUACACUUAGUGGACAGGAGCUUCGUUAAGCAAUAGUCUUGCCUGUCCUCGUACUGUAUCUUGUAAUGUCCGCUUGUACACUAUAUGAUGAAAUGCAGACGUCAGGUUAUCUCUCAUGUGACCGUUAGGGUCAUUCAGGCGACCGUAUCUGUUUUGCAGUCCGCAAAAUACGGAUACCAGCCGUGGAACGGAACUGCCAGCCCUAUGAUUAGAAAUGCCUAUUCUUGUCCGCAAAAAACGGAAAAGAAUAGGACAUGUUCUAUUUUUUCUUGGGGCCUCGGAAUGGAAGUCCAGAUGCGGAGAGCACACUGGUACAAGAAUAAGGAGGUACGGAUGCA